AUGAACACUUUGAAGAAAUUCGGUUUCGGUAGAUGGAAGACUGAAAAGGAACCUGAACCAAAUAACAAUAAUAGUGGUGGUCUUUUCCAUUUUCAUCAUGAGAAACGUCAUAGCCGUGGUGACUUGAAUGAGUCGGAUGAUACAUUUAGUGAUAGAAAGAAGACAAUAGUAAGAUCACCUUCAUCUGUUGCACCAGUGCGUCUUUCAUCAGAAGCAGCCUCUUCCUCCUCUACUUUCUUAAAUGGGGAUGAUGAUGUUAGUACUGGUAGAGAUGUACAUUCGAGAACAAUGUCAACUACAUCAGCAACUGAAAUGAGCAACAAAGAUAUUGAUGGUACUGCUGGGAUAAUGACAAUAAAAGUAUACAACGGUGAAGGAUUUAUCCUACCAGUUUCAAUAACAUCUAAUGAAACGAUAUUGUCACGAUUAUUGAGUUCGGGUAUUAAUUCAGCUCAUGUUAAUCUUUCCAAUGAAGUGGAUGCGUUAAUCUCACGAUUAUCAAGGAUGCAAUUAGAGACAAGUAGAAACAUUCAGGAAGAAAAAUUGAUAAACGGUGAAACAUGUACAAAAUAUAUCCCUGCCACCGUGAAAUUACCAGGCUCUAAUAGAUUAAACCCUUUACUGUACUUUACCAUUGAAUUUGAUAAUACGGUAGCUACUAUAGAACCAGAAUAUGGGCUAAUGGCAGAUCCAGUAUUUAAUAAGAUUUCCACAUUUGAUGUUACACGUAAGUUACCAUAUUUAAAGAUAGAUGUAUUUGCUAGAAUUCCUUCCAUCUUAUUACCAUCCAAAUUAUGGCAACAAACUCAAAGUGAACAUGAUUCCAGGAUGAAAGUCAUAUUGGAUAAGAUUAAUUCUAAUCAAGAUGUUCAUUUGGAUUCGCUACAGAUCCCAAUUAAUUUGAAAUUUGAUUCAGCGGCAAAUAUUCGUCUUUACAAUCAUCAUUGGGUUACUUUGGAAAACACAUUGGGACGAAUAAAUAUCAGUGUUGAUUACAAACCAUCCAAAAACAAAAGAUUGACGAUAGAUGACUUUGAUCUUCUGAAAGUGAUUGGUAAGGGUUCGUUUGGUAAAGUAAUGCAAGUAAGAAAAAGAGAUACACAAAAGAUUUAUGCUUUGAAAGCUAUAAGGAAAUCUUACAUUGUUUCUAAAUCAGAAGUGACACAUACAUUGGCUGAAAGAACAGUACUAGCUAGAGUGAACUGUCCUUUUAUUGUUCCCUUGAAAUUUUCUUUCCAAUCACCAGAAAAAUUGUAUUUGGUAUUAGCCUGUAUUAAUGGUGGUGAAUUAUUCUAUCAUUUACAAAAAGAGGGCAGGUUUGAAUUAUCUAGAGCAAGGUUUUACACAGCAGAAUUAUUAUGUGCUUUGGAAACGUUACAUAAUUUGGACGUGAUAUAUCGUGAUUUGAAACCAGAGAAUAUCCUUUUGGAUUAUCAAGGUCAUAUUGCAUUAUGUGAUUUCGGGCUUUGUAAAUUAAAUAUGAAGGAUCAAGAUAAGACGGAUACAUUUUGUGGUACACCGGAAUACUUAGCACCUGAAUUAUUAUUAAAUCAAGGAUAUAGUAAAGUGGUAGAUUGGUGGACUCUUGGUAUAUUAUUAUAUGAAAUGUUAACCGGGUUGCCCCCAUAUUAUGAUGAAGAUGUGCCCAAGAUGUAUAGAAAGAUCUUACAGGACCCACUUAGGUUCCCCGAGGGGUUUGAUAGAGAUGCCAAAGAUUUACUGAUUGGCUUAUUAAGCCGUGAUCCUGACAGAAGACUAGGUUGUAAUGGUGCACAUGAAAUAAAAAAUCAUCCCUUCUUUAGUCAACUGUCAUGGAAAAGAUUAUGGAACAAAGGUUACAUUCCACCUUACAAACCUCCCGUCUCAGAUGCAGCAGACACAAGAAACUUUGAUCAAGAGUUCACUAAGGAGAAACCUAUCGAUAGCGUUGUGGAUGAAUAUUUAAGUGAGAGUGUGCAAAAGCAAUUCGGUGGAUGGACCUAUGUAGGGAGUGAACAAUUGGGUACCUCGAUGGAACCAAACUAA